ACGGACCGGAUCGUCCAUCCGUCAUCACUCAACCGCACGCAUCUUUUUACAUUGCUGGAAGCACGAUCAGGUUAACAUGUUCCACGGAGUCCCGCCCAGAUGCUGAAUUGAAUUGGGAACAGAAUGGUGCCCGCCUACAAAGUGGGCAUGAGGUCGUCCUCGACAGCGUUUCUGUGGCCCACACGGGAAAGUAUACUUGUGAGGCCUAUAACACGAUUACAAAAAGGAAUAAUGCCUCAACCACGGAAAUCAUUGUGUUCGAGACAGUGACUGGGGUUACUGUCGUGGCCAGUGAUCCCAACCCCCUUGAAGACCCCGAUACCAUCACACUCAGCUGUCCCGCGUCGGGCACUGUUCAGACACGGACAUGGUUCAAGGAUAACCAACCCAUCCAGGAAAACGGCAGAAUAUUUACAUCCCCCGACAAGGCGAAACUGACUAUAAUCAGAGCUAACAGAAACGACGCAGGGACGUACAAGUGCAUCGCCAGCAAUUCAUUCAGCAGUGGCGCUGGAGUGACCAACGUGCAAGUUUACUAUGAAAAUUGUACCUUCCGGGCUGGCGCGAUCGUGGGCAUUGUACUCGGUUUACUUAUCAUGGGCCUGGUGGGAGGAUUCAGUGGAUGGCUGUUCGCAAGAAAAGCUGGCGGUUUAUUCAGCAACAUAUAUCCACCGAAAUCUAAAAAUGGCACGGGCAGAAAUUCCGGAUGGAAAAGCACCUUCGAUACAAAGACCGUAAACUCAUCAGAAUAUUAUGAAAAUGUCCAAAUGGAUGAACAGGGUGCAAGGAACAAUGCGCAGGAUGGAGACUCCACUUACACGGGUCUUAUCCUGGAGUAUCGAUCUGUUUACGGUGAUCUGAACAGGUCUCUAUUAAACCUCUUCCGCGUUUCCGAGCCUCACGACAAAGACAUCACAGAAGAUUCUGUCUCGUUUCCGUCGCAGCAGCUUAGUUCUCUCGCAUCAACCCAGACUGGUGCUGUGGCGUGUCAGGGGAUUUCCAUAAAAUGA